AUGGACUCGAUGGAGUCCAUGACGAUGACUGCGGUCUCUACUGCUUUGGCGGCCAUGAACACCAGCUCCAUGACUAUGCCGAAUAUGCCUUCCAACGCGUCAAACGCGGCAGCAAUGCCAACCAUGCCGAGCAUGGAUGGUUUCCUGUCCAGCUCUUGGCAUAUCCGUUCCCGUGGCAUGUUCGCUGGCUCCUGCAUCGGUACCAUCUGCCUCGUCCUUUGCUUGGAGUUCUUGCGUCGUAUGGGCCGCGAGUACGAUGCCUUCAUUCUGCAUCGAGCUAGUCUGAGACAGGCAUACCUCCCUGGCUCUGCUUCCGUGAUUCCGGUCAAGCGAAGUGGAAAAAAGAGAAAGGCUUCCAGAGGCACUGACCCAAAUUGCCCUUGCGAUUGUCCACGGGAUGAUGACGAAAUCACUACUAUCCCUGGCCGCGAGUCCUCGAAUGCAAAGCUUGCAGGUUCGAAUGGUGUUACGCCCGUUGCUACAGAAGGUGUGCAUUCGCUUGACGGUGGCGCGGCUGACCGCAAGAGCUCUGAUGUCCUCGCGCCGUAUCGUCCCUCUCCGACGGAGCAAGUGAUUCGUGCGCUGUUUCACACGGUCCAGUUUGCUGUGGCAUACUUCAUCAUGCUUUUGGCGAUGUACUACAAUGGCUAUAUCAUCAUCUGUAUCUUCAUCGGAGCGUUCUUGGGUUCUCUCAUCUUUUCGUGGGAGCCUCUGUCUCUGUCGAAGGAGAAUGAUGCCACACAAGUCACCAAGUGCUGUGGUUAG